AUGGUCGACGGCAACGACUUCCUCACCCACCGGAGGCUGAUUUACUUUCAGGUGACACUGCAACACGUCAAGGCAGUUGCGGCGUCACAGGAAUCGCUUGAGCUGUAUGGUUUGCUUGUGAGUGUCCUCAAUAUGGAGAUUCUCAACAAGACCAUAGUGACCAUAGGCCUGGGAAAUCGUAGGUGA